AUGAACACAUCAUCAGAGUCCACGCCUUUGCUCUCUGCGUCUAGUAACUCACGACCCAGGCAACGCUUCAACGCCCACAUCGCCAGGCCCAGAGGAACGUCAGCCUCGCUCGGUUUUUUACCCUCUUCCACUUCGCAAACUCUUCAUCAAGGUACCGCCUCUUCCCUCCCGGCUUCGGAAAAAAAGCACCCUCUGAUCAACAGAAGAAGCAACAUGGCCUGCUGCUUCCAAUGCAUCCCCAACGCGGAGAUCGGCGUGAUCGAGAGGCUCGGAAAGUACCAGGGCCUCGCCCAGCCGGGGUUCACCUGCAUCAUGUGGCCGCUCGACAGCAUCGUGGCCAAGCUUUCCACGCGUGUGCAGCAGCUUGACGUCCGCAUGGAGACCAAGACGAAGGACAACGUGUUCGUAACGGCGGUCGUGUCCGUUCAGUACCAGCCCAUUAAGUCGAAGAUCUACGACGCGUUCUACAGGCUCACCGACCCGAAGGCGCAGAUCCGUUCCUACGUGUACGACGUGGUCAGAAGUACCCUGCCUAAGUUGGACCUUGACCAGGCGUUCGACUCGAAAGAGGACAUUGCCAUCGCGGUGAAGAACCAGCUGGAGGAGGUGAUGCAGGAGUACGGUUACCAGAUCCUCCAGGCCCUGGUGACCGACAUGGACCCGGAUGCCCGCGUGAAAGGGGCCAUGAACGAGAUCAACGCCUCCAAGCGGCUGAGAGAGGCGGCCACCAACAAGGCUGAGGCCGACAAGAUCAUGCAGGUGAAGGCGGCUGAGGCAGAGGCAGAGUCCAAGUACCUGUCCGGCGUGGGUGUGUCCAGGCAGCGCAAGGCCAUCGUGGACGGCCUCCGCGACUCCGUGCAGACCUUCUCCGAAACCAUCGACGGGACUUCGCCGAAGGACGUGAUGGAUCUGCUUCUCCUGACCCAGUACUUCGACAUGCUCCGCGACGUGGGCCAGUCCUCUCGCGCGGCGACAGUGUUCCUCCCGCACGCGCCGCAGUCCGUGGCCUCCUUGCAGAGCGCCAUGCGCGAUGGCUUUAUGCAGGGGCACGCCGGCAGCGAGGGUCUCGCUUCUGCGCAAAUGAUGAACCGCUAAGAUUGGAACGCCCUGUUUCUUUCUAUUAUUCCCACUUAAAUAAGUGUAGACCCCCCCCUUGGUUUCGGCGGUACUGUAGGAGGGCAGCAGUCGUUGGGGCUUUGGGGUCAGCGGGUGCGGUGUUUUUGCGACGGAUGACUUUCGGCUCCUUUUUUUCUAACCAUGAAAAGUCACUAAGUUGUCGUAGGUGUUGGCCCUUUGUUUCAACCAAGAAAACACGUGUAGCAUGUUUUGGGGCUCACUUGUCGUUGGUUUGCCCAUGUGGGAGUUUGGCUUUCAACUUGGCAACCGUUCGUUCGUUCUUCUUGUUGAGAGUGCACCGCUGCCGGAAGAGACGCACAGAUGCUUUUGUAAUCAUUUUGCCUUGGCUUUUGUACUUCGUGGUCGUUGAUGUUCUGUGUGGAUGCAUGCAUUGAUCUAUUUUCUCACAGGAGGGCCAGAAAUCUAUUGUAUGAUACUGUCACCCGCCUGCCGGGCGCGUUUGUUUUUUUUGUGCCCAGCGCCAGGGCCCGUGCGUGUUCAAUCGCAGCGAUCGCAGGCAACGACGCUCAGUAGGUGUAUCGAAUAGGUCGGGCAACCCCGCGGCUGUUUCUUUUUUGGGGUGGCGAUGUUGUACAGCAGAGGUAUCUGUUUCGCGCCGGUUGAAUAGUGCCCGUGCCCGGUAUAGUGCCGGUGUUAUCGGCGGGCGCACACUGAAUUUCUGAGUCAUUCUCAAAGUUUGAAUAUGCCGAUGAGUUUUCUGUGGCGCAUACUACGCAGGAACUCUACUUAUUGCUAUACGGUAUCUCCUUUGCUUCGCCCGCCUCCCGUGUGUGUGUUUUUUUUUGAAAGUAGACAUAACCUCACAGAAAGACUACCCGGUGUGUGUUUUUUUUUAUUCAUCGACCGCGCUAACCGGCUGACCAAUGAAAAGACGUUAGUCUUAGUGCGGUUGAAAACACAAAACACUUGUAUCUACCAUGAACUGGGACCCCGUGAGGGGGCAGCAUGGGGUACGUCAGUCUCAGUGCGGCGGGAAACACAAAAUGUUUCUAUGUAUGUGUUUAUGUGUGUG